CGUGACCGGCGCUCCUGUCAUUCUGCGGCGGCUCCGGCUUCCUCCUGCCAGUGCCGCCCUCAACGUCUCGGUGCGGGAACGCUUCCCUUUCCGGCGCCGAUUCUCUCCCCGCCGCUCUGGCCUCCGGACCGGGCAGGAGACGCAGACUCGGCUCUGACCAGGCGCCCCCGCCCGGCGGAGGCUUCGACGCCCCGGACCGCCGCAUCCUCACCGCCGCCUUCGAUCUGUUGAGAAAUAUUCAAGAUCGUCAAGUUUAGAUGACCAAAAUGGAUAUCCGGGGUGCAGUGGAUGCUGCUGUUCCAACCAACAUUAUUGCUGCCAAGGCUGCAGAAGUUCGUGCGAACAAGGUGAACUGGCAGUCCUAUCUUCAGGGGCAGAUGAUUUCUGCUGAAGAUUGUGAAUUCAUUCAAAGGUUUGAAAUGAAAAGAAGUCCUGAAGAGAAGCAAGAGAUGCUUCAAACUGAAGGCAGUCAGUGUGCUAAAACAUUUAUAAAUCUGAUGACUCAUAUCUCCAAAGAACAGACAGUUCAGUACAUACUAACUAUGGUUGAUGAUAUGUUGCAGGAAAAUCACCAGCGUGUUAGCAUUUUCUUUGACUAUGCUAAACGUAGCAAGAACACUGCCUGGUCCUACUUUCUGCCAAUGUUGAAUCGCCAGGAUCUCUUUACUGUUCAUAUGGCAGCAAGAAUUAUUGCCAAGUUAGCAGCUUGGGGAAAAGAAUUGAUGGAAGGCAGUGACUUAAAUUACUAUUUCAAUUGGAUAAAAACUCAGCUGAGUUCACAGAAACUACGUGGUAGCGGUGUCGCUGUUGAAACAGGAACAGUCUCUUCAACUGAUAGCUCCCAGUAUGUGCAGUGUGUUGCUGGGUGUCUGCAGCUGAUGCUUCGGGUCAACGAGUACCGCUUCGCCUGGGUGGAAGCAGAUGGGGUGAACUGCAUAAUGGGAGUUUUGAGUAACAAGUGUGGCUUUCAACUGCAGUAUCAAAUGAUUUUUUCAAUAUGGCUCCUGGCAUUCAGUCCUCAAAUGUGUGAACACCUGCGGCGUUAUAAUAUCAUUCCUGUUCUGUCCGAUAUCCUUCAAGAAUCUGUCAAAGAGAAAGUGACAAGAAUCAUUCUUGCAGCAUUCCGUAACUUUUUAGAAAAAUCAACUGAAAGAGAAACUCGCCAAGAGUAUGCUCUGGCUAUGAUUCAGUGCAAAGUUCUGAAACAGUUGGAGAACUUGGAACAGCAGAAAUACGAUGAUGAAGAUAUCAGUGAAGAUAUAAAAUUUCUUUUGGAAAAACUUGGUGAGAGUGUCCAGGAUCUUAGCUCUUUUGAUGAAUACAGUUCAGAACUUAAAUCUGGAAGAUUGGAAUGGAGUCCUGUGCACAAAUCUGAGAAGUUUUGGAGAGAAAAUGCUGUGAGGUUAAAUGAGAAGAAUUAUGAGCUCUUGAAAAUUUUGACAAAACUUCUGGAGGUGUCAGAUGAUCCACAAGUCUUAGCCGUUGCUGCUCAUGACGUUGGAGAAUAUGUGCGGCAUUAUCCACGAGGCAAACGGGUUAUUGAACAGCUUGGUGGGAAACAGCUGGUCAUGAACCACAUGCACCACGAAGACCAGCAGGUUCGCUACAACGCUCUUCUGGCUGUGCAGAAGCUCAUGGUGCACAACUGGUGCCAGAAGAAAGUUCGAGUGGGAGAAAUUGAAGAUUGA